ACUAAUAUGUCCCCAGCUUUAUUACAAUAUUGUUGGAUGCUCUGAUCCCACUGGAACACUUUUGGCUUGUUGUUUUUGGAGACUUUUGUAGAAAUUUCGUUCUUGGCCAUUUUCCUGAGGCAGAACAGAACGUUGUGGAGAUCCAAAGGUCUUCUCCAGGGAUCCUCUCCUCACCUCACAAAUCAUGUCUGAAAAGCCAAAGGUGUACCAGGGCGUCCGCGUAAAGACCACGGUUAAAGAGCUGCUGCAGAGGCACAGAGCCCGGGAAGCCAGCAGAAAGAAACUCCAAACGGUUUACUUGGAGCAAAAGGAGCUUUGCGCGCCCAUCCCUCCAAGUCGUCAUGAGGACCCUCCUCCUGCUACCCCUCCGGCCAACAUGGGCUCGCGAGCCCCGCAGCUGCACGCGCCCUCCUUCCCUGUCCCUGACAGCUCGUGCAGCUUGCACUUGCAGGCCAGCGGGUUCAACGACCCGCAGCAGCAGCAGCAGUACCAGCAGCAGCAGUUCGGGGACAUGAUGUUGCCCAACAACGACUACAGCUUCAGCCCCAGAGGACUGAUGGACUACAACUCCCCUCUGCCUCCCCUGCCCACGUCCUCCCCGCUGCCCUGGAGCCACGCACACUCUUCAGACGUGGACUACUACGGCCAAGGGAUGGCGGCCUACUCCUCAUCGGAAUCCCUGACGCUCUGCAACCCCCCGGACCACAACAGCUACUCCCCACAGGACUCUGUCUCCUCUUCGUCCUCGUCCUGCUACGACUCGCCCACCAGGAUGGAAUCCAGCUUCCACAGCUUCCCCUCGGAAAUCUACCCGUACCAGCACUGCGGCCCCCAUCAGGACUGUGUGGCCAGCUGCUGGCCGGCCCAGCAGGAGAGCAUCCCUGUCCCUGAGUACCCUCCUUACUACGACCCCACAGACUAUCCCUACAUCCAACCCGAGGAGGAGACCUACUUUAGGAAGGAUUUCCCUCUGGGCUCUGAAAUGUGUUACAACGUUCUAUGAUAAGAGUUUCAGCAGUAUUACAUUGUAUCCUGAGUGUACAUUUGGCUCUCCUCGUGUACUUAGCAGGACUGUUUGUUUUAAUGGUCUACUUUGCAUUUCAGUUUGUACUCUGGCCAGGGUUUGCUGCAGCGGAGUGCCUGAUGAUUGUUCAAUGGAUGCACAGAUAUUUUUGUAUAAUUUUUUUUCACAGCCUUGAUUUAUUUUUAUACACAUAAUUUGUUGCUGUAAAAAAAUAAAAAAGUAGGUUAGCGUCUCUAAUAUUUGUAAAGUGGGAUUUCAUUUUACGGGAAGGACAAAGAAAGGAGAAAGAAGUGGAGCACCAUGCAGGGUAAAAAGAAGGAAUCAGGCACACCAAAUAUUUAUUCCACCUUUGCGCUCCUGUUCUUAAACAGGAAACUAAGAGGAUAGUCUUAAAUUUUAUUUUUUUAAUUCUUGAAUACAGUUUGGAUAUAUCCGAUUAAUAAUACAACGUCACUGCAUUGAAAGCGUAACAAUGUCAGUUUUUAAAAACGGGGGAGUGGCAGAGACAAAGGCAGCUUUGUCUUUGAGUUACUUUCUAGUUUCAAACAAAGCAGAAAGAAAGAUACAAAGAAACACUUUUAUAUGGCCUGAAAGCAUCUACAAAGGCUCUUAUUGUU